ACAUGCGGAAGCGAGGUAACUUGACACAAGGCCGUGAUCGCGUGCCUCCACCGGUUCUUACAACAACAACACGUAAUGCUGAGGGCGAUCAAUCAAAACAACAGAAAGGGAGCUCUGCCAAGAAAAAACCAUGGUACCGGCGACUAACAACGCUGGCAAAAAUUAUCUUUGUUCUGUUGAUCGUUCCACCCUUCCUUAAUUAUGCAGCCUUACAGAAGGAAAUGGCCGAGCUUAUGCCUGAAGGUCAACUUUAUGAUGUUGGAUGGGGCCAGAAGUUAUUCAUGUCCUGUAAGGGAAAAGGCACUCCAACAGUUAUCCUUGAUGCCCCAACUGGGAUGACCUCAGAUGUGUGGAGUUUGGCUGUUCCUUUGAUUGCAAAAGUCACAAAGGUGUGUGUGUAUGAUAGAGCAGGAUUGGGCUUCAGUGAAAGACCUCGCAGGAACAUGAGCUCACCUGACAUGCCUGAAGACACACAGGCAGCUGACCAGAACUUCAGGGACAAGAUGGUGCCAUUCUCAGCAGAAACAAUGGUGGAAGAUUUCACAGUGUUGUUCACGCAGGCUAGUCAGCAGGAAGUGCCAUUCAUUCUGGUUGGGGCAGAAAUUGGGGCAAUUGUAGCAGAGUUUUACACUCAGUUGUAUGAAGGGAAUGUAGCCGGGCUGGUCCUUAUCAAUCCUUUGUCUGAAGACAUUUUUAAACAACAAAAUAGUGUCUGGUCACAGUUUUGGUUUGGUCACCUGUUACCCUCAUUCCAGUCUCUUCAACUGGGUGCGGCAGUGGGGCUCACCCGAAUUGCCCUGCUCCUGGGGCUGGUUCAUCAGCCAUUGCAGCUAGCAGACUUACCUGAGGAGAUCGUGAACAGACAGAAACAUCUUCUGUGUCACCCGCGCCACAUGAGCUCAGUUGUUGACGAACAUCAUUUUAUCAAUGAAACAUUUGACCAGUUACGACUGGUGAGGAGGAUGAAACAGUUUCCUGGUAACAUCUCAGUAAUGAUCAUGACGGGCAACUACUACGAUGAACAACUGCCAAGUCAACUGAACAAGGCCUGGGCGAAAUCUGAACAGAAUCUAAUCUCACAGCGUUUUCCUAACGCUCAACAGAUAGUCAUCAAUGGGGCCGACCAUCACAUGUUAUAUCGCAAGCCAUUGGCUGUGGCCGAACCAAUCAACAGAAUGGUUAGAUUAUAUAGACAAAAACACAGACCUGUAAAAGCGCCUAUUUUAACUGAAAAAAUAAAAACUUCUUGAUUGUUUAUUAUAUGUAUACCAUGCAGUUGUGUUGUUUAUUCAAAACUGGUAUUUGCGG